UGAAGCAAAGUGCUACCUGCUCUUCCUCCUCGUGACGCCAACAAGCUACCGUGCGCCUGUCCCGUCCUGACCGUUGGAUCAUGGAGCGGUCGGAUAAGAAGCGGAGGGGCGUCCAGGACGGCGAGGGCCGUCUCCCAUCGAGGCCGCGCCCUGACGAGGCUGUCCCUCCUGCGGCAAACGACGCCGAAGUCGAGGAGUUCUUCACCAUCCUCGGCCGGAUGCGCGAUGCCUCCCGUCGUUUGUCCGCUCGACAGAGGGCCGAGGUCGCCGUCGACGGGUCCACGCGGUGGAACCCGGAGUUCUCACUGGAGGACUUCACCGAGCCCGGUGCGGCGAAAGGAGACAGUUCGAGUUCUCCCAGCGUGCUCGCAGCGAAAGAACGGCCGGCGGAGAGCGUCGCGCCGCGGCACCUCGACCUCAACGUGGAGCCGGGGCCAGAGGGAGAAGGUUAGGAUUUUCCGUUUUCAGAUCAGAACGAACGCUAGUUGCGUAUUAACUUUCUCCCGUCACUUUCUCCUUUUUUUUGGGGGUUUUGGUUUCAAGAACACAGUUGCUUUGCGUACGCAGGCAGCAAUUAACCUAACGCAUGCCCUUCUUCUUUAAAUGUCUUUGUUUUCUGUUUUCUAGAUGUAGGGUUUCAGAUUCUCAUCAGCCAAGUAUUUUUAUAUCGAAUGAAAUAUUAAAUACAGAGAACCUCUUCAGAUUUCA